UUUUAAAUUGACGUCUUGAUGGUUGUGUUGUGUGUACAGUUUGAACCUAAUUGGAUUUUGUUAUAUUACAUUUUAUUUGUGCUUAAUAUGUUAAUUUUUAAAUGUGCGCUUAUAGUUUUAACUUCGACCUAUAUUUUAUCCCUUUGUUCUCAAGUCGUUAACGAAACAAACUUUUUCGACACUGGCCUUGCAUUUAUGUAUAUUGCCAGUGGAGCAUUCGCUGGCAAAAUCAUAUAUGACAGAUACCAGCAAAUUCAUAUACUAGGAUCAUUAACCCCCAAUCCGAAUGUGACUUCCUUUGCCAAUAGGAUUGCUUGUUUCUCAGCUUCAUUCCUGUCUCUGGGCUUCCUGGUCUACUUCUUUUUAUUUCUAUUCAAGGUAGAUGAACAAUGUCUAACAGCAUUGAAUAUAUUUAUAUGUGGGUUCGGAACUUUGUACAUGUGGGUACAGUGUAUCAUAACGACAUAUAUUUGUACAUUAUUUUAUGAUAGAAGGUUGACAGUAGUACGGCAAUGCCUUGCAAACGUGAGCUUCCCUGUUCUAGUUUUAAUGGCAAUUUUUGGUACGGUCUCUUCAUUUUUGCCUGAAGAUGGUUCCAAAGGCGUCUACGUAUGUCACGUCGUUAGUUCUCUGUGUAGUUAUAUUUUGGCGGGAAUAUUCUGCAUAUUUUUACUGUCAUUCGAAAGAGACUAUGAAUAUUUUUCAGAGGGGUUAAGAUCCGAUCUGUUACUCGAUGACGCCUGUUCGUUGAACAAUGCGUCACUCUCCGACACCGACAGCAUAUUUGGGACGCAAGAGCUCAUAUCGAACUCGAUAGUUAUAAAAGGGAGCAUUACUUGCGGUAAGGUCUCCUGACCCGAGGCCGUGCCCGGUCCGGGCACGGUACAGCAGCAUACUUCAAACUAUGCUCCAUCCAAAAGCUAUGGAAGUUUUGAUAGCACUAAAGUAGAUGUUAAAAGUAACAUAGUAAACAAUAAUCUCGAUCAUAUCUCACCAAUUAGAGAUAGUGUCAUAGAUAACGACAGUGGUAUGUCGUCAGGUGAAAACGACGAUUCCAUGAGAUACGUUUAUAAUCGUAACAGAAACGUUAGUGAUAGUUUAAGAUCAGCCGUAGCGGAUAAUGUAGUAACAAAGUGCCUAACCAAUAGUAAUCGUUGUGCUGUGCUCUGGAAUGAGAUUCCAAGUUGUUCAAAUGUUAAUAAUAAUAACGUCCUCAAAGCGCAGGGCUCGUUCAGGUCGCACUUGGCCGAGUCCGACGAAGUGGACGGCGUUGAAGAUAACUUAAUCGAUUCGGAUUUCAUUGUGAUAAAUGUAUCGUGUGAUGUUAACGAUGUUUGUGAUUCGAGGAAGUGCGAGUCUGUUGUUGGUACAAAUGUUUAUAGCAUCGAUUGUGAUAAUUCAAGGAUUCUUAAUUUAGAUUCGAACCGCAGUUUAGUUCCUGUUUCUAACAACGAAAUCGUUAAAUCCGAGAGUCAGAAGUUAGUAAGUCUGUCUCUGUCGAUACUCCUGGCGGCUCUGCUGCAAGCGAUGCGCUGUUUCGCCCAAUUCUUAGAAGACAUCGUUACUCCUCAGAGAUUAUAGAAUAAUUGUGUUCCGAUAAUAUUUUUGUGCAGUAUUGUAUUCGCUAGUUAUAAGAAUGAUUACUAUUAUUUUUAUUAUAAUACAAAUGUCAAUAAUAUAUUUAACUAUCCUCUUUUAA